ACUACAUUACACUCCAUUCUUUGCUCCACAGCACUCCAUUCACUCCAAUUCUUCUUUGGUUUUUGCAUUCUCGAAUUUUCUUCUUUCGUUUCUUCUCUGCUCUCCUCUCUCAAACAUGGCUGCUCCAGACUCUUUUGUCUUGCUUUUGGAUUUCGGCUGCACCUUCUCCGGUGCUUUGAUUCGGUUGGUCCGCGAACUCGGCGUCAGGUGUGAACUCCAGGCUAUCGAGUCCUUCAAGGGUCUUCCAGAACCAGCACCAGCAGGUGUUUUGCUCUGUGGUGGUACUGAAAGUGUCUUCGACGCCGAUGUCGUUCACCUCGACAUGAGCCUCUUCGACGCCUGCAAGGCCAAGGGUGUCCCUGUUUUGGGUAUCUCCUACGGUAUGAUGGUUGCAUGCAAGGCUUUUGGCGGCAAGGUCGUCAAGGGCAAGGAGACCGAGUACAAGGUCGUCGACUUUACUCUCGGCGCCGCCGAUGUCUUGUUCGAGGGCCUUCCACAGGUCUUCAAGGUCCAUGCCAACACCAACGAUGAGUUGCAUGCCCUUCCAGCUGGAUUCAAGGCUCUCGGUACCGCCGCCGGCCUCGAGGGUGUCGUCGCCGCCGUCCACCCAGACCACAAACUCUGGGUCGUCUACUUCCACCCAGAGUCCUCCGACUCUGAGCAUGGACACGCCCUCUUGUCAAACUUCUUGUACAAGGUUUGCAAGUGCGACAAGUCAUGGACUAUGGAGCUCUACUACGAGUCAGAGAUGAAGAAGAUAAAGGAGCAAUGCGGCAGCGACAAGGUUGUUGUUGCUGGUCUCUCUGGUGGUGUCGACUCCACCGUCUGCGCAGCAAUGGUCCACUCCGUCAUUGGAAACCGCUUCCACGGUAUCAUGGUCAACACUGGUCUCAUGAGAUUCAACGAGACCAACUGCUGCUUCAAGAGACUGACCAACGAGAUUCCAGGAUUGCAAGUCACUAUUAGGGACUCAUCCGCUGUAUUCUUCAGGGAACUCGCCGGCGUCACCGACCCAGAGCAGAAGCGUAAGAUUAUUGGUAGAGUCUACAUUGAAGAAUUCGAUGCUGCCAUCAAGGAGCUCGGCUUCUCCCCAGCCAACUGCUUGCUCUUGCAGGGUACCAUCUACCCUGAUAUCCUCGAGUCCGAGUUGAACAGGAGAAACAAGCUUCCAGUCAAGUCCCACCACAAUGUUGGUGGUCUCCCAGACAAGUUGGACUACGAGCUCAUUGAGCCCGUAAGGUACUUGUUCAAGGAGGAAGUCAGAGCCCUCGGCAGACUCUUGAAGCUCUCUGACUACACCUGCACCAGGCCACCAUUCCCAGGCCCAGGUCUUGGUGUUCGUGUCAUUGGCGAAUUGACUCCAGAGAGAGUUGAGGUUGUCAGACAAGCUGAUAAGAUCACUAGGGACGAAAUCGAGAAGGCCGGCGUCAAGGUUAGCCAGGCUCUUUGCGUUUUCUUGCCUACCAUCCGUAGCACUGGUAUUGUCCACGGAAAGAGAGUCCACGGCCACACUGUUGUACUCAGGAUCAUCAACACCGUCGACUUUGUCACCGCCAAGUGGGCCAAGUUGGACCAUGAUCUCUUGGAGAGAAUCUCCACCAGAAUCACCUCCGAGGUCGCUGGAGUUAACAGAGUUUGCUUGGACAUCACAAACAAGGGCCCAGCUACCAUUGAAUGGGAGUAAACUUUUGCUUUGCAUAGUUUAGGAUUGGCUUUUGCCAAGUUUUUAUACAUGUGCUUUAGACUUGGACGAUACCCUCGUCCCGAUCUAACUGUUUAUACGU